UGUUGAAGAUCUUUAUGUACAUUUUUAAAAACAACAACAUUUCAUCAGACAACGCAUUAUUGUUUUCCUAAUUAAACCUCUUUUUUUUUGUUAUUUAUUGCUACUUUUUCAAUUAAAUCAGUCAUUACUAGUCUUCUUGUUUUUAGUAAUAAGAAAAAUAUUCUUUUGUGAUCCAAUCAAGAAGUUUUCCAAUACAAGGUUGUGGUAAUACAAUGUAACUUAACCAGCUCAUGGUCGACAAGAUUGAUUUUAAAUAAUCAGUUGAAUAUAAAAAAAUAAAAAUUGGUCGAAACGCAACUAUGUAAAGGUAACAAGUUUACGUAUCAAAAUGGUCCAAUUAGAAAGGAAAGCGCUUACAACAAAUGCCACCGAGAACAGAUUAAUAUUAAGGAGGCAUCAAUCAAGAUCUACUAGUUUUGCUGAAGGAUCUGCGUUUAGCCUCUCAUGUGGAGCAGAAGAAAAGAUAUUGCCUGUUUUUACUUUCCCUCAGGCCCUCGAUUUUUAUUUCAAUGAUGCCAAUUCGCUAGAACAAGAAGUCUCUGUUCUCAACCCUUAUUUAUGGCCCAUCAAAUUUAGAGUUCUUACCACUACUCCGGGAAGGUACUAUGUCGAUAAGUUCGAAGGCGAUAUUGCAGCGACAUGCAAGUUUGAUUUCAAAGUUCGCCUGCUAGACAGAUCUCCAAGCCUUAUAGGAAAGCAAGACAAACUGCGAAUCGAAAUGCAAACUAUUACUGAAUGCAUAAAGUUGGGAAAAAAAGACUUGGAUUGUAAUUUCUACAAAGAAUAUCAAGAAGAAGAGCAGAAACAAUGUACAAACCCUGAUUCAUUAAAUGAUGACAGGCUUGCCUUUGAAAAAAUAUUAAGCAAAAAAUCACCUCCGACCGAUAAAAAACCUCAAGAGAUAGCUGCUGCUACUGCUAAAUCAGCCACCUCUAAAAGUGAUACUCAAGGUGCUAAUAGAAACAAAUCGAAAAACGAUCCCAAAUCGAGUUGGCCUCCUUCAUCUUAUGUAUUCACUGCAAUCAUGUGUGGUAUCAUAUUAUGUUUGCCAACUGAAGAAUGCAUACUUCCAUCUUACCUGGUUAUUUCUCAUACUCCUAAAUACAUAGCUGCUUAUGUUUUAGGUAUAAUAACUUCACUUUUGUGUAAAUAUAACUGAUUCUCAAGGCAUUUUUAUUCCAUUAUCCAUUGAACAGUCCUCUGCUAUUAGAAUUUUGCUAUUUUCUUUGGCAAAUAAUUUCCUUUUCACAUUUAUCUGCUUCAACUAUGGAUCACAGCUUUGAAUUCACUUUUUCUUUAAUCCUGGAAUCAAAAAUUCAAACCUGACCGUUGCAGGACUUUUAUGGACUCAUGCAUUUUAAACUGUGAUCCAAGAUAUCAGAAUAUUGAUAUUUUUACUGUUCAUCAAUUCAGGACCUUUUUGAUCCCCUUAUUUCUUCAUCUAUUUCUUCCUUUCUUUCUUUUAUAUUCUCAACUACAUUAUUUACUGCAUUAUUUACAUUUUUAGUGAAGCAUUUUUCGACAGCCAAGCAGAUAUUACCAAAACAGAUUGGUAUUGAUCUUAUUUAAUAACCAUUUAAAGAUGGAAUAACUUGCAACAAUUCUGACUGUUAUAUUUAAUAAAUUUGUAACUUAUUUUAA